AUGUUUUGUUUAGUGGUUCACUUACUGUAUUUGGAAUUGCAGGUAGAGGGAAGGAUAGCAAUCAGAUUUGAUAGUGGGAGGGAUGAAGAGAACUGGAAGCUGACUAUAGGGUGUAAUCUACCAGGGAAGUGGGUUCUUCGUUGGGGAGUUGAUUAUGCGGGAGACUCUGGAAGUGAGUGGGAUCAACAGCCUCUAGAGAUGCGACCCCAAGGUUCUAUUACCAUCAAGGAUUAUGCAAUUGAGACUCCUUUAAAGAGAUUGUCCACAGCUUUGGAAGGAGAAUCGUGUUAUGAUGUGGAGAUUGACAUAAAUAUUAACAGUCAAAUUGCAGCUAUAAAUUUUGUGUUGAAGGAUGAGGAAACUGGAGCUUGGUAUCAACAAAGAGGGAUGGACUUCAAAGUGCCUCUCAUGGACUAUGCUCAUGAUGAUAGUAACAUGGUAGGAGGAAAAAAGGGCUUCGGAAUAUGGACAGGGGCGCUUGGGCAGCUGUCUGACAUGCUCCUUAAAUCUGAAGUCGAUCAUACUAAAGGUGAAAAUGGAAGCAAUGGCUCAAGUGAACCUAGGGAAAAAACUAGGUGCCUUGCAGGAUUCUAUGAAGAGCAUGUUAUUGUCAAAGAGACUCUUGUUGAUAAUUCAGUUACUGUCUCAGUAAAAGAGUAUCCAGAGACAGCUAAAAAUCUUUUACAGAUAGAUACUGAUUUACCAGGAGAUGUACUCAUUCACUGGGGUGUCUGCAGAGAUGAGGGUAAAAACUGGGAACUUCCCACUAAACCAUAUCCAACAGAAACUACAAUAUUCAAGAAUAAGGCACUACGAACUUCGCUGCAGCAAAAAGAUGAUGGAUCUGGUUCUCAGAGAUCAUUUACUUUGGAUGAAGGACCUGUAGGAUUUGUUUUUGUACUGAAGCUAGAUGACGGCACAUGGUUGAAUUGCAAGGGGAAUAACUUUUAUGUGCCUCUGCCUAGGAGCACAAAAGGUCAACUAAGCUCGACUAAAUCUGAAGUUGAAACGCAAAACAAGGAGCUGGAUUCCUUAGGGGCAUCUGGCUCUACUUCCGAAGCAAUGGAGGCUUCUUUGUAUACUGAUGAAAUCAUUAAUGAGAUUAGAAGUUUGGUCAGUGACAUUUCUUCUGAAAUGAACAGAAAAACAAAAACCAAAGAAGCACAAGAGAGCAUCCUUCAGGAAAUUGAGAAGCUAGCUGCAGAAGCCUACAGUAUAUUCAGAAGCUCAGUUCCAACAUUCUCUGAAAGUGCUCUUUUAGAAGCUGAGGAUUUAAAACCUCCCGUCAAAAUAUCUUCAGGAACUGGUUCAGGACAUGAGAUCUUAUGCCAGGGCUUUAACUGGGAGUCUCAUAAAUCUGGAAGGUGGUAUUUGGAGCUACAAGAAAAGGCUGAACUGUUAUCAUCGCUUGGUUUUACCGUAGUCUGGUUACCUCCUCCUACAGAGUCAGUAUCACCUGAAGAGUGA